AAACCCAGAUCUGGGAAAUUCCAUGACAUCAGAAGAGUCCGUCCUUCUGUGUAUAAAUAGGACGGCUUAGUGGUAAUGUGCAAUAAAGAAGAGGCACAAAAUAAGGCAGCAUCACAGCUGGGAAAUUUCCUCAAAUAUGGAGAGACACAUUAAUGGUGUGAAGUCCUGCGAAAGCCAGGCCCCUGUGGCACAACCUGAAAAAUGUUCUCCAGCUGGCAGCUUUGAUGUGAGCAGCUCCACUGCAGAUGAACAAAUAGCAGAGUCCUUUAUCAGACAAGCAAUGGAAAUCAUUGUGGACGAGGCAGUGAAGAAGGCCACUAACGUCCAGGAGAAGGUUUGUGAGUGGCACUCCCCCGAGCAGCUGAAGAAGCUGCUGGACCUCGAGCUGAGAGACAGAGGAGAGCCGGAGUCUGAGAUCUUGCAGAGAUGCAGAGAUGCCAUCAGAUAUAGUGUCAAGACCAGUCAUCCCCGUUUCUUCAAUCAGCUGUACGCAGGGAUGGAGCCCUACUCUAUGGUGGCAAGCUUCAUUGCUGAAGCAGUCAAAACCAAUCUGUACACAUAUGAGGUGGCUCCAGUGUUUACCUUAAUGGAGGAUGCUGUGCUCAGGAAGAUGAUCAAGGUGAUUGGCUGGGAAGAAGGAGGUGAUGGAAUCUUUAACCCAGGUGGCUCAUUGUCCAACAUAUAUGCUGUGAACUUGGCCAGGUACCGCUACUGCCCAGAUUUCAAAGAGGUUGGCAUGUUUUCUGCUCCGCGACUGGUCAUAUUAACGUCCCAGGAGUGUCAUUACUCCAUUUCCAAAGGAGCAGCUUUAAUGGGGAUCGGCACGAAGAAUGUUUAUACUGUCCCAACUGAUGAGAGAGGAAGGAUGAUUCCCUCAGCCCUUGAGGAGAAAAUAAAGUUGGCAAAAAGUGAGGGUGCAGUUCCCUUCAUGGUAAACGCCACCGCAGGAACCACGGUGCUCGGAGCCUUCGAUCCCAUCGACGAAAUUGCUGACAUCUGUGAGAAGCACAACUUGUGGCUACAUGUGGAUGCAUGUUGGGGAGGAGCAGCUAUCAUGUCUAAGAAGCAUAAACACUUGUUAAAGGGCAUCCACAGAGUUGACUCUGUUGCUUGGAACCCUCACAAGAUGCUGAUGGCCUCUCUGCAGUGCUCUGCUUUCCUGGUCAGAGACAAAACGAGUCUCCUGCAGCGCUGCCACUCUGCACGGGCCUCUUAUCUCUUCCAGCAGGACAAGUUCUACGAUGUCAGCUACGACACGGGGGACAAGUCGGUGCAGUGCAGCAGGAAGCCAGACGCCUUCAAAAUCUGGCUCAUGUGGAAGGCUUUGGGAAGCAGAGAGCUGGAGCAGAGGGUGGACAGAGCCCUCGCCAUGGCAAGGUAUCUUGCAGAGGAGAUCAAGAAAAGAGAAGGAUUCCGUCUUGUGCUGGAACCUGAAUUUGCAAACGUUUGCUUCUGGUACCUUCCGCCAAGCCUGAGGAACCUUCCCGAGAGUCCUGAGCUCUGGAAGAAGCUCCACACUGUGGCCCCAGUGGUGAAACAGCGAAUGAUGAAGACAGGCAGCAUGAUGACAGGCUACCAGCCUCUUGGAGAAAAAGCCAACUUCUUCAGGAUGGUUGUGAUCAGUCCUCAGGUCAGCAGGCAGGACCUGGACUUUGUCCUGGAUGAGAUCCAUAAUCUGGGAAAGGACUUGUGAUUAAUGAUCGGCGUAUGCAAAGAGCCAUCCUAUGGCACAGAUGGAUCUGUCAGGAAUUUUCACAGCACUAUCAGACGAGUGAUGCAACUUAAUAACAAAGAUGUCUGAUUAUCUGUAAAUAUUUCAUCUGUAAAUACCAACCAGACAACUAAAAUAAAUGUCAGAAUUCCACACGCUGUA